CGCCGGCCCAAGAGCCGGGAUUGGCGGGGCCGAGUGGCCAGUCAGAAGGCCGCGCGCGGGCUAAGGCUGGGCGAGCGCUGGGGCAGCGAGUGGACGUGGCCCGUUGGGCGCCCGGAUCGUGCGCUGAGGCGGGAUGGGGUAGCCGGGAGGGUCACCCCAAUGGGGAGACGACGAGGAGGGAUAGUCCGUGCCGUUCCGCCCUUGGCGCGGUGCUCCCGGGGCCGCCGGAGAAACCUCUGGGAUGCCCUUUUGUGGCCCUCGCUGGGUUGGGGGUGAGGUUGCUGAGGAGGAAAGUGUGGGGAACCCAGGGGAAGUCGCGUUAUGGGGGGUGGCUUUCCUGGAAGGGGGAAAGCGGCCUCCGGUUCUCCCUCCAAGCUGACACGGCUGUACCCAGUGUGGGACUCGUCACCCUGCGUGUGGCUGCCUACCACUGCCCAACGAGGUUUCCAAUUGAGGACUGAAUAGAGGAUUGGCACUACAAAAACAAUGGAGCAGUACACAGCAAACAGCAAUAGUUCAACAGAACAGAUUGUGGUGCAGGCUGGACAAAUUCAGCAACAGCAGGGCGGUGUCACUGCUGUCCAGUUGCAGACUGAGGCCCAGGUGGCAUCUGCCUCAGGCCAGCAAGUCCAGACCCUCCAGGUAGUCCAGGGCCAGCCACUGAUGGUACAAGUGAGUGGAGGCCAGCUGAUCACAUCAACCGGUCAGCCAAUCAUGGUACAGGCUGUACCUGGGAGUCAAGGUCAGACCAUUAUGCAAGUUCCAGUUUCAGGAUCACAAGGACUUCAGCAGAUUCAGUUGGUCCAGCCUGGUCAGAUUCAGAUUCAGGGUGGUCAAGCAGUGCAAGUUCAGGGUCAGCAGGGCCAGACUCAGCAAAUCAUCAUCCAGCAGCCACAGACAGCAGUUACUGCUGGCCAGACACAGACACAGCCACAAAUUGCAGUUCAGGGACAACAAGUAGCCCAGACGGCAGAGGGACAGACAAUUGUCUAUCAACCCGUUAAUGCUGAUGGAACAAUUCUUCAACAAGUUACAGUCCCAGUUACAGGCAUGAUCACCAUCCCAGCAGCCAGUUUGGCUGGAGCACAAAUAGUUCAGACUGGCGCCAACACCAACACAACCAGCAGUGGACAAGGAACUGUAACUGUGACGCUGCCUGUUGCUGGAAAUGUGGUUAAUUCAGGGGGAAUGGUCAUGAUGGUACCUGGGGCUGGAUCAGUGCCAGCCAUCCAGAGAAUACCUUUGCCUGGAGCUGAGAUGCUUGAAGAGGAGCCGUUGUAUGUGAAUGCGAAACAGUACCAUCGGAUUUUGAAGAGGAGGCAAGCAAGAGCUAAGCUGGAAGCCGAAGGGAAAAUUCCAAAAGAGAGGAGGAAAUACCUGCAUGAGUCCCGACACCGUCAUGCUAUGGCAAGGAAGCGGGGGGAAGGUGGACGGUUUUUUUCACCGAAAGAAAAGGAUAGCCCCCACCACAUGCAGGAUCCUAGCCAGGCAAACGAAGAAGCAAUGACACAGAUGAUUAGAGUAUCCUAACAGCCAGCUACAGAACAGAGCGUCUGGACUAAUAUCUUGUGUCUCUGGAACUGUUCCCUAUCCUACCUAUCAAACAAACUUCUGAAUGGGAAAAUUUGCCAUAUGCACAGCCUGUUCUCGUUUUAAGAACAAAUGCCACACUCUCAGUGAGUGGUUUGUCUUAGACUUUUAACUGCAGUGGACUCAGCACAUGGAGACACCUAUGGACCCACCCAGUUCAGACCAGGGAGUUGAAAAGUCAGAAUCAACAGAGCUUUAACAUCCUUGACAAUAAGUGUGGCACAGCUUGAAACUGCCACUGCCUCAGCAAUAACUAGCAGGUUGAAAUAGGGCUAGUUACACCAUUUGGAAACCAUGGCUCUUGAACCACACAGGAAUGAUAAUAUUUGAAGCAGCCAGAGCUGUCGUGCAUUUUUUCCCUCAAUGUAGCCUUCUUGGUCCCCUCUGCUCCCCACAACCUCAGAUUUUGUAACGCAUCUUUCCACUGCAGAAGCAUUUUCUGUAAUAGAACUCUUGACACGACACUGAAAGUUUUUCCUCAGCAUACUGUCCUACGUAAACUGUCGCCAACUAUUUGUGAGAGAAUUAAUCCAUUAUCACAAAGUAUUGGGAAGUUAGAAGACUUGGGGUAAUGCAUGCAUGUUCCAGUGGAUAGCAGAGAAAUUGUAUAGUGGCCCAGGGAACAAUCACUGGUAGUAGGGGGAAGGGGGUGGGGGUGGGGAUAGAUCUCGGUGUCAGAACUAGUAAUGUGUGUCAGUUAAAGUUCACUGACAUGCUAUUCCUGCAGGCUGAGAAAUGCACAUCUUAUGAAAUGCGCAUACUGCCGCUGUCGUUGGUGCAGUUGUUUCUCCAAUAUCAGAGCACUAAAUACGGUGUUGUGAGCAUUAGUCAGGAUGUGAGAGAUACUUUGCCCUAACCAAACCCUAUGUUGUUAACAUCCUCCUGCAGCUCAGAUUGCAUUGUCCAUGAGAAUUAACAUGAACAGUCCUCUCAAGCUUUUUAUUUAAUAAUCUCUGUAAAAUGGCACUUAAUUCUGUAACCUUCGUUUUCUGUUCUGAGGGACUUUUUCCUCCUUUUGAUUGUUUAUCAUUAUGUUUAUCAUUAUUGGAUUGUUAAUCAUUACGAGAAGUGACAAAACAAGAAAUGGAGUUUCUUUCUGCCAAGCAUCACCUGCUACCUUUUUCACUUCUCCCAAGAUUUAUUUUCUUCCCUUAUUGCUACUUACUUUGGGCAAUGCCAUGAGGUCCAGCUAGAACUAUGUUAUGUUCUUUUAUAUUCACAGGCUUAUGAUUAAGCCUGCAUUGCUUACCGAGAUUGAGAGUGAAGGAGGAUUGGAGGAGGCUCGUCUCUGAAAGAUGGGAGACGAACUACAGUAGCAAGACUGAGGGGCUGCAUAAAAAAAGAAGGUGCCUGGAAGUUGACUGUUAAGUUUUUAAGAGGGAUCUCAUGGCAUCUGAACAGGUGUCAUGAUGUUUGGAGGUGGCUCGCCCUAGUUAAAAAAAGUAGAAAUCAUUCUUCACUUGAUUUGAAAUAGCUUGGAUAUGGGCACCUUCACAAGGCCCCUUUUUCAUGACAUAAAAAGAUAAUAAUUCAGGAGAGUGGAAUUGAGAGAAAAUAAUUGGUACUAGUAAAUCAGCAGAGAUUGCUUAUCCGGUGGAGUAGAACAGUGCAGCUUUCAGAUUGGCUAACUUAAUUCCAGCCAAUGAAAUGUUAAGACAACUGAUACGCAAGUGUGAUGUCAAACGCUAGAAUGAGUUUGGUGAAAACAACGUAAAGUGAGAUGUGGAGCAGAGUUUAAGCUAUUUAUCACCAUGCUGUACAUGGUGUUCCCAGUGCUCUAACAUAAGUUAUUGUAAGCAAAUGUGUGCGCUUUUUUUGUAUCAACUGCACUUACCCUUUUAAGCCUUUGUGCAGGUUGCAUGUUUCUAAACCUUUUUGUUUUUAAUCUCCAGUAGCCUUUUUGUUUGCUUCUCUGCAUUUGCCAGCAUCCUGGGUGCCUUUGAUUACCAUUGUGGUUUUCUUCAACAGGCUAUUUCCAUGUCAUCUAGGGUUUAUUUUCACUGGUUUUACAAUAAAAUAUCCAGUCUUAGUGAAGGAACAGUGAAUACUUUUUUUAAUACUGUUUUUCAGUUGUAAAUAUAAAGCAUUGGUACGUUCUGAGAUACUGAUAGACAUGGUGAGGAGGAAAUACUGUAUAGUCUGAAUUAAAGAUGUUUCUCCAUGUGUUUCCCUUUUCAGUUAUCAGUUUUAUCACUGCAGACUGGGAUGUUAAGGGAAUCAAGGUUCUCCUAAUUCUUUGUGUAAAAUCAUAAUAUGACAUUUGCAUCUUUAAAAGACCAAGCCAUUGAUACCUUUUUCAACCUAAAAACAAAAACAAAAAAUGCUCUUUGAUACCUAUAUGUAGAUGGUGCAGACACCUUUUUAAUUUUUGGUCUAUAGUUAGGUUUUUCUGUAAUGGUGUAAAAUGUCCUGAUAGGAUCUCUUAUACCAAUGGCUUAGACUUCAUGUGUGUAGGUCAAACUUAUUUCAAAAUAUUUGUUAAUAAAAUGUUCUGUUCCUGGAUAAUAAACUAAAAGCAGAAGUAAUGCCAAGUGCAAACUCUUAAUUGGAAAUUUAAAAUCAGGCUAUGAUGAAAUACUUAAUUGGGGGUAGACUUAAGGGAUAAAGCUGGAGUGGGUUUGAAAAAAAAUGUAAAUUCUUCUAUUGACCUAUAAAACACUGGAACAUUGAGCCCAUUUAAAGCGGUUUGAUACUUAAGGGUUGGCGUAGAAACCCCCAAGGCUAAACAUCUUCAAAUAUUUUGCAUGUAAAAAAAAAUCAAUUUCUUGGGUUGUGAAUGGGGACUGGAGUAUUGAUAUUUGUGAAACUGUAAGGCAAAGUUUGUACAUAGUUCAAAAGUUUAUAAUUUUUUAUGCUGCAUUUUGAAGUGUAUUUUGUCUUUAAUAGAUACAACUGUAAGUACUGUGUACACUAUUCAGCCAAUAAAAUGUUUAUAAAAUAUGCUGUUGACUUCGAGUCUGAUUACUAUUUAUCAUUAUUUGUAAUCACUCAUUUGUUUUUUACAUGCGAUAGUUUGCAUUGAGCAUAAGACUUUGACUGCAGCUAAUGGAUUCCAGCAAAGUUAUAGGAGCAACUGGCUUGCAUUGUGGGCGUGUACCAUCUGAUUGCACCUCCUUUUCUCUCUCUUCAAAAUAGCAUGCUGGGAAACUGAAGUUUGUUUCCUCAUGAGCAAAGGGAUUUGGGGUGUAGAGAGAAGCAUUAAAAUUUUAAAGCCCACACCAGUAGCCUGGAGUGGAACAAUUCAGAAAGAGCUACAUCGCAUCGGUCUCAGGCAUUAGGUGUCAGCUUGAGGCACAAGUUGAAUCAGGGUGACGAAUUCCUGCUGCUUUGUUUUAUUUUCUGAUCCAUCAGUAGCUGUUCUGAUACCUAUCCCUCCUCGUUUAUAACACACAAAUAUAUUAAAGCCUAGCAUUGAUGGAUAGGAUAUAUAAAACAGGUAUGGAGAACUAUCUAAUGCAAGAGCCUAGUAGAUGAAUUUGUCAUCUAAUCAUGUACUUAAACUACUGUGACGUAUAACAACUAGGGUCUGAUAUAUGGGUGUAUAUCCAUUUUAUAAAAUAUUGUGGCGUGACCUCUCAUUCAUGUGGUUUGCAAUUUCACAAACUAUAAUGGAAUAUAGAUUAUAGAAUAAAAAAGGUUUACAAGAGACAUUUUUGGAAUUCGGAGUUUGAAAGAUUGUCCAAGAGCUUGCCUCUCUUGCAGCUUGGUGCCACACAAACUUUGUGGUUUUGCUCUGUUGGACUUCUAUUUCCUUAUCUUCCAUCCCCUUUAACUGUUCCUGAGGGAAUAGUUGGCAGAAGAAAUAAAUGUAUGAGAAGUCAUAGUUACAUCAGUUAAAGUGAAAAUCCAAGGUAAUAUCUUUUAAUUGGAUAAACUCUCAUUUCUGAAGAGUCCACAUAAUUCUGUAGUCUUAUAGUGUGUGUAACUGUAUAGAAUGCCUCUGCUGUGGAAACAGGUCAUCUGUUUUAAGGACUAUGUGAUGUGCAAGUUGACACAUGCAGAAGCAUUCAAUGUUGACAAGGUUUACCCCUCUAUUGUUUCCUGUGUGUUCCCCAUCAUUGUCAAGUAGACAGCAGCUUCAAAUGCUUUGCUGCAUAACAGUAGUAAAUACCGGUAAUAGUAAUUACAGUGGUACCUCUGGUUGAGAACUUAAUUCGUUUCUGUUAUUAUCCUAAAGCAAAGUUCUUAACCUGAGGUACUAUUUCUGGGUUAGUGGAGUCUGUAACCUGAAGUGUCUGUAACUAGAGGUACCAAGUGCAGUUUGGUAUGGUGAUUGAACAACAACUGAUUAUGAAAGUGCAUAUAGCAAUGUAUUUUUUUAUUUGCUGUUAACUCUACUUCAUUGUUGAGCAAGCUAGUGCAGUCCACUGAGUCAAACUUGGGACUCAGGAGUUUUUGCUCAUUAGCUCUCAUAAGUCCUUGCCUUUCAGCUUCAGAUUCCCAUCUGUAAAACUGGAACAUUGCCACAACAAAAUUCCACUAUCUAUGAAUGGUGAAUCAGCUUGCAUGCUUAAAAUGUGUUAUUCACACUCUCAACAAAUCUUUUGAUUCAUGCUUCCUGUUCGUUUUAUUUUAUAGUGCCAUGUUUUGAAAACACAAAAGAUAAUAUCCUCAUUAGGUAUCAGUGCAACAAUUCUUCUGCUGCAACAGAGCUCUUUAAGUGCACACUUUAGCACAAGGCUGUAUUUAAUUCAGAUAAGAAUCACUAGAAUUCAAAUCCAAAAUGAGCUUUCAUCUCUAAACCCAGCCCUGCACUUUUCAAAUCCAUCCAGAUUCUGGUUCCCUUUUAAGCUUCAUUCCCAUUCUCCACCCUCUAUUUAACAUACCAUGCCAUUCUGCUUAAUAGGUAUGCAGAGAUCCUGCUGCAGCAUGUGAGGUUCUGCGGUCUGAGGUAUUAAUCCCAAAACAAACAUUAGAAGAGUGGUAGCACUAGAUCUGUGGCAUCUUCCUAAAGUCCUACACAGGGCAAAACAAAAUAAGAAAUCAGCAGCUCUUUCUGGGCUCCCUUCUUCCCUAGUAAUAAUAAUAACAACAUACUAUUUGUACACUUCCAUCUGACUUGAGUUGCCCCAACCACUGUGUCACAUUUCAUUUAUUUUGCACUGGACGCAAGCCACUAAUGUAACUAACAAGGGUACAGUCACCCCCACAUAACCAGUGUGGAGUAGUUAGCCGUAUUAGGAUCCUACUCCUCCCUAGAAUUUUGCCUAGACUUUGGGUCGCUGCCCCCCCUUCGUGUGGGGGGUUUGGGGUGCCACUCCCUUCACCUGAAUAAAUCAAAGAGAGAAGCGAGAUCGCAUGCAUGGAAGUAAUGUACAUUCAGAUCAGUUCCUUUGAGGUGUAUGUUCAGGACCCAGCUGGGCAGAAUGAGCAGGAAGGCCUUGCCAGAAUUUGAAGAAAAUGAAGCAAUAUACAAGAGGAGGCAGGGCUGCAAGACCAAUAGGUCCAGAGGCUAAAAUUAAUGCCAUCACUGCUUCAGGUAAGCACCUGCAUCCACACUGCAGAGCUCGUCUAGACCUUACUGAACUGGCUGCAUGCAUCUUUCAAUGCAGCCAUGAAUGUGCAUUCUUAUCCAGGGUCAUCAAUUGUUUUGCAGGAAUAGUAGCAUGCAACCAGAGCCAGAUCGGAGUUCAAUAUAGUUAUUAUCAGCAACUGAAAUGAAAGCCACCUAGUUUGGAAAUUAAAUGUUUGAUAGUCAUAAGAGAAAAGCAGCUUUUUCUUUCUCUCGC